AAAAGUAACAUCUACAAACAACGAAAAGGGUUUAAGCACAAAAUGCUAUAAUGACAGAAUUAAAAGCAUGUAAAGUGUGUGACGUCGGGCGGCAGAACUGUUACGGUAUAGCGGUAACUUCUCUGGGUCAGCUCAAAAUUAAAGGUGCUGAGGCUUUGGGCAUCAGUGCCAGUGCAUCAGUUUCAGUGGUGUUAGAAGAUGAUGGGACCAUUAUAGAAGAUGAAGAUUACUUUCUGUGUCUGCCAGCAAAUACAAAAUUCAUGCUAUUGGAUUACAAAGAAACAUGGACACCUGCCUUGCAAGGGACAGGACACCCUAACAGAGAUUAUGAUCAUGUGGAGGUAGAUGGACAGGAUGACGUUGAUGGGGCCGAAUCCUGGCAUAGUGUGGCAGAGCGUCUCAGGCAGAACUUGGCCAACAUUAUCCUCAUGUCUGAGGCAGAUCUACAGAGUUUGAUUGACGUGCCAUGUUCAGAGCUGGCUGGAGCACUGGGCUUUUCACAGCAGAAAACUCGUGUCCUACAGGACACACUGCAGACAGUAGUGGACCGCAGGGAGGAGGAGAGACAGUCCAAAGAAAUACUGCAACUUUAUCUGAAAGCUACAGAGCAAGAAGGCAGUCGAGACCCACAGGAUGAACGUGCUAAACUAGAUGAAACAGAUGGGGUGCAGGUGGAGGCCACAGCAGGGUUCAGCUCCAAAACGCUUAUGGUUCUAAAGGACAAAACACAUCCCGAGACCAGACUUUCCAAUGAAGAGCUACAGCUGGUGGUGAAACACGGACUGGAGGUUAUGGAGAAGGUGUUGGGCUGGGACAGUGAGAAGACUGCAGUGCUGGUGCAAGCUUGUGAAGCUGAGAUUAGUAAGCGUCUACGGCAGGUGCAGGCUCUGCAGUCACUUCAUUCUCAAAGUCGCUCCACAAACAUCAGUUUAAAACCACAGAAUGAGAGAGAGACUCGAGCCAAACGCAGCAAAAAAACAGUCUGAAACAACAUGCAAGAUUUUCUGUAUAUUGAUGGAUCUAAAAGCACAAUUUAAAGAGAAAUAAAGAUAAACAUAUACAUUUCAA